CCCACCUGGUACGAUAUGUAUGCGAAAAUAGCUGAGAAAUAUGCGAAAUUCAGGCGCUAUGUGAUAUGGAUGUAUAGACUGUACGAGCUGAACACACAGAUUGCCAUCUGCGAGCCAUGGGAGAAAGUGUUUUGCCACCUACUCAUCGGCAGUUGUCUUUCCCUUAUACUCUACGCCUCGUACGCGUACGUGCCCGGCUAUUGUCAAACGCUUGUUGGCUUUCUAAUGCCGGUGAUAAGGAAUACGAAUCAAACUUAUAAUAAUAUCAAAUAUGUGGAAGCAGAGGGCAUGUCCAGUAGCAGUCAGUCUUAUCUUACGUAACAUUUUUAGUUAGUUGUAAAUAAUAAAUCUUAAUUAUUUAAUAACAAAAAAGAAA